CGAAUGUGAUGCCUAUAUAUACGAGCCAACUGUUAUCGUAGAACUAUAAGGUUUAGUAGUGACGGAAAAUGGGGGAUAUUAUAGGUUUACAGUACCUAGGUAAUGAUUACCUCGAGGUUCCCAAUCUUCUGGACUUUCAUUUUGUCUGAAACUCACGCUUCUACCUUCUGGAAAUGUUCUUAAGACGAUCUUGUAGAUUUCCCUCGACAGCGAGAUAUCAUAUACACUCUCGUAGGGCGUAUUGUGCAAUAACGACAACCAUCUCUCAUCAGAAUGGCUUUCCUCACAAUUCAACCCCUCCGAACUAUCCGAACUCAUCUGAAAACUCUGAGCUUCCACCAUUAUCAAUAAUGCCAAUGCCUCUUCUUCUAAAAUCAUAUUUCAUAACCUCAAUUUUGGCUUCGCCCAAAAUUAUCAAAUUCUUUCUUCCACUACUCAACACACUCGCAAAUUCUAAUUCGACACUGCUAAAUCCAGAUAGAAAUCCGGUUUUGCAUAUGAUAGUGAGGAAAUUCAUUUACGAUCAUUUUAUUGCUGGGGAAAAUGCCUCUCAAGUGAGAGCGAGUGUAGCUGCUAUGAAAAAUUUGGGCUUUAGUGGUGUUAUUUUGGGAUAUGCGAAGGAAGUUAAUGUUACGGGGGGAGAAGUUCAACGUGGAGAUGGAAUUUCUGUGAGCAAGGAAGUGGGGGAAAAAGCUAUUAGAGAAUGGAGGGAUGGUCUUAUGAGUACACUUUCGCUAUUACAACCUGGUGAUUUUCUAUCACUCAAGUAAGUUUGUUCUCCUGCAAUAUUUCAUUACCAACCAUAUCGUGGGAAUUGAUCACUAAACCCAACUCAGAUUCUCCGGAGCUGGUCCUCUUGCUCUCCAUGCCCUUUCAAAUAAUCUUCCCCCACCACCUCUCGUCCAGGAGUCCAUGCAUCUCCUUCUCAAUACCGCCCUUUCACAAAAAGCCCGCAUCUGGCUCGAUGCAGAACAACAAGAUCUUCAACAUGGUAUUGAAAAAUGGACAAUAGAUCUCAUGCGUAUUUACAACACCGGUCCUAAGGCACUUCUAUACACUACCAUGCAAGCAUACCUAAAAGCUACUCCAGCCAAUAUUUUCCACCAUUUACAGCUCGCUCAGGCAGAAAACUGGACUUUGGGCAUUAAAUUAGUGAGAGGUGCAUAUAUUGCCACGGAGAAAAGAGAUUUAAUUCAUGAUACGAUUCAGGAUACACAUGCGGCAUAUAACAGUAUUGCCGCUAACCUUCUAGAAAAAUCAUACCCAUGUAUCACAACCAAUGAAAAAACGGCAUACCCACGCGCAGAAUUAUUCCUAGCAACCCACAACGAAGAAAGUAUCAAACGGGCCUAUUCCAUCCAAAGUUCCCGAAUCCAUCAAGGAAAACAAACCAUAGAAUUAGCAUUCGGACAACUCCAAGGAAUGGCCGAUGAGAUUAGUUGUAGUUUAUUACAGCUUCGCCGAAAUGAGAAAUUGUACAAUUCGACAGUGUCGCCGGAUAUAAAGAUGGCGUUGAAACCGAAGGCGUAUAAAUGUUUAGUGUGGGGUUCUACGCAGGAAUGUUUGCAGUUUUUGUUGAGGAGGGUUAAGGAGAAUGGGGAUGCGCUUGGGAGGACGGGGUUUUGGGUGCGAGGGUUUAGGAGGGAGAUUUGGAGGAGGGUGAGGAGUGGAGUGCAGGGGGGAAGGAGGAGGGAAGUUUAAGGUGGGAUGAUGAUUUCGGGCAAGGGGUUAUAUGAGGGGAAAUGGUUUUAUGCAAUGAUAUUUCUAGGGGAGGUCAUUGUGCGUGGGGAGUUUGUUUUCGAGAGCCUGCUGUUGAAAGCUUCUUGUUAUUGAAAAUUCAGGAUAUUGAGAUUUUAGCAUGGUAUUAUUAAACAUUUGACAGAGUUGUUGAUACUAGUACUUUUAAAUCAUAUUCUCGAAUUAUAAGAAAUAACCUUGCUUCAUCAAUUUUCACUUAUCACUCGAGCCUGUCUUCUACUUCCCCUUGGACUUGAA